UGCAGGCAUUUUCCCUUAAAAUAGUCAAAAAUUAUUAUUGUAACAACAAAACGUUUUAACUUUUAACCUCUUCAACAAUAUGCAGUCAAUGGAAAAUUCUUUCUUUCCUUAUAAAAGCAGAAAACACAGUCUCCAAAAUCUCUAUAACAGCCCUCAAACCUCUUCAACAAAAAAUAUUCUCAGGCUCCCUCCGCCAGCAACACCAGCUAUGGGCUCUCCAUCUCCAGCAUCACCAGAAAAAAACCCAGGGACCAUUCUGCUCGGUAAAUACGAACUUGGUCGCCGAUUAGGCAGUGGUAGCUUUGCCAAAGUCCAUGUGGCUCGUUCCAUCGAAGCCGGCGAACUCGUGGCCGUUAAAAUCAUCGACAAGAAAAAAACAGCUGAUGCCGGUAUGGAACCGAGGAUUAUCCGCGAGAUAGAAGCCAUGCGCCGCCUCCACAACCACCCCAACGUCCUCAAAAUCCACGAAGUCAUGGCCACCAAAACCAAAAUCUAUCUCGUCAUGGAACUCGCCGCCGGUGGAGAGCUUUUCACCAGAAUCCGCCGUUUUGGCUGCAUUCAAGAAUCUGCCGCGCGUCGCUACUUCCAGCAGCUAGCCUCCGCGCUAACCUUCUGCCACCGAGAAGGAAUCGCUCACCGCGACGUGAAGCCGCAGAAUCUCCUCCUCGAUAAGCAAGGAAACCUCAAGGUCUCCGACUUCGGUUUAUCGGCUCUCCCGGAGCACCGUAGCAGCACCGGGUUGCUCCAAACAUCGUGCGGCACACCGGCUUACACAGCUCCGGAGGUGAUCGCUCAGAAGUCAUACGACGGAGCUAAGGCGGAUUCGUGGUCGUGCGGUGUCUUCCUCUUUGUUCUUCUCGCGGGUUACGUUCCUUUUGAGGAUUCAAACGUUGUUACCAUGUACCGGAAGAUCCAAGGGAGAGAUUACAAGUUCCCAAACUGGAUCUCGAAACCUGCUCGAUCCAUCAUCUACAAGUUGCUCGAUCCGAAUCCGGAAACGAGGAUGAGUAUCGAAGCUGUAACUGAAACCAAAUGGUUCAAGAAAUCCCUUGAAACCUCCGAGUUUAAAUCCAGUGUCUUGGAAUCGGAUGAUCGAUUGGGUAAAUUGACAAGUCAUACGAUCACAGCGUUUGAUUUGAUCUCGUUAUCUGCGGGAUUGGAUCUAUCGGGGCUGUUUGAGAGGAGGAAGAGGAAGGAGACCAGGUUUACUGCGACGGUUUCGGCGGAAGGAGUUGUGGAGAAGGCCAAGACGAUAGGGGAAAAGUUGGGGUUUAGAGUGGAGAAGAAGAAGGAGGCGAUGGCUUUGGGGUUGGGAAAAGGAAGAACGACGGUGAUGGUUGAGGCGGUGGAGCUGGUGGAAGGUUUGGUUGUGGCGGAGGUGAAGGUGGUGGAAGGUGAGGAGGAGGAAUCUUAUUGGUCGGAGCUUAUUGUAGAGUUUGAGGAGAUUGUGCUUUCAUGGCACAGUGACGUAUCUGUAAAAGUUGAAAGUGACUUAGCUUAACUUUGAAGAUUCAAUUUUGUAAAAGAAAUUUUAUGUAAAAUAUCAUAGAUUAGUUCAUUUUUAGAGUUAUCGAACCCUCAAAUUUUAAGA